AAAAUGAAUGGAAUGCUUCUUAAUGAUCGUAAAGUCUUUGUUGGUCAAUUUAAAUCCCGUAAAGAAAGAGAAGCAGAACUUGGAGGUAGAGCAAAAGAAUUCACCAAUGUUUACAUAAAAAAUUUUGGUGAGGACAUGGAUGAUGAAAGACUUAAGGAGCUCUUUGGCAAGUUUGGACCUGCUUUAAGUGUAAAAGUAAUGGCUGAUGAAAGUGGAAAAUCCAAAGGCUUUGGCUUUGUGAGCUUUGAAAGACAUGAAGAUGCACAAAAAGCUGUAGAUGAGAUGAAUGGAAAAGAACUGAAUGGAAAACAAAUUUAUGUUGGCCAAGCUCAGAAAAAACUAGAACGACAGACGGAACUUAAGCGCAAAUUUGAACAAAUGAAGCAGGAUAGGAUCAUCAGCUACCAGGGUGUGAACUUGUAUGUGAAAAAUCUUGAUGAUGGUAUUGAUGAUGAGCGUCUUCGAAAAGAAUUCUCACCAUUUGGUACAAUUACAGCAAAGGUGAUGAUGGAAGGUGGCCUCAGCAAAGGGUUUGGGUUUGUAUGUUUCUCUUCACCAGAGGAAGCCACCAAAGCAGUCACAGAAAUGAAUGGCAGGAUUGUUGCCACUAAGCCAUUGUAUGUUGCUUUAGCCCAAUGCAAAGAGGAACGGCAGGCUCACCUCACAAGCCAGUAUAUGCAGAGAAUGGCAAGUGUCAGAGCUGUGCCCAACGCUGUAAUCAACCCCUAUCAGCCUCCUUCAGGUCACUUCAUGGCAGCUAUUCCUCAGACUCAGAACCGUGCUGCAUACUAUCCUGCUAGCCAAAUUGCUCAACUCAGACCAAGUCCUCGCUGGACUGCUCAGGGUGCCAGACCUCAUCCAUUCCAGAACAUGCCCGGUGCUAUCCGCCCAGCAGCUCCUAGGCUGCCAUUUAGUACAAUGAGACCAGCUUCUUCACAGGUUCCACGAGUCAUGUCAACACAGUAUGUUGCAAACAGAUCAACUCAGACGAUGGGUCCACGUCCCGCUGCUGCUGCUGCCGCAGCUACUCCUGCUGUCCGCACAGUUCCACAGUAUAUAGCUGCGGGUGUUCGCAAUCCUCAACAGCAUCUUAAUGCACAACCACAGGUUACCAUGCAGCAGCCUGCUGUUCAUGUGCGACGUCAGGAACCUUUAACUGCUUCCAUGUUGGCAUCCGCCCCUCCUCAAGAGCCAAAGCAGAUGUUGGGUGAACGGCUGUUUCCACUCAUUCAGGCCAUGCACCCCACUCGGGCUGGUAAAAUCACUGGCAUGUUGCUAGAAAUGGACAACUCUGAGCUUCUUCAUAUGCUUGAGUCUCCCGAGUCUCUCUGUUCUAAGGUUGAUGAAGCUGUAGCUGUACUUCAAGCUCACCAAGCUAAAGCAGCUGCCCAGAAAGCAGUUAACAGUGCCACUGGCGUUCCAACUGUUUAAAGAAAAGAUCAGGGACCACGAAAUGGAACCUCUGCUUCACCGAAGAUAAAUAUCUAAACAUCGAAAAACUUAAAUAUUGUGAAAAAACAUUGCAAAAUAUAAAAUGAAUAAAAAAAGGAAAGGAAACUUUGAACCUGAUGUACCGAGCAAAUGCCAGGUCUAGCAGACUUAAUGCUAGUCCUAGAUUACUUAUUGAUUUAAAAACAAAAAACAAGAAAAAACAAAAAGCCCAAAAAAUAGUAAAAUAUAAAAACAAAUUAAUGUUUUAUAGACCCGGGGGGAAAAGAAUUUUCAGCACAGUACAAAA